CCUCUGGCCCAAGAUGGCGGCGCCCUACAUGCUAUUCGGCUCCUACCCUAAAUCGAGCCAAGACAGACAGCUUGGGUCAUGUCGAAGCUAAGCCGGGCCAGUCGGGCACUUAAGAAGUCCGACGCCGGCGGCGUGAUACGGGCCAUCGUGCGGGCCGGCCAAGCCAUGCCUGGGCCUCCACUAGGCCCCAUCCUUGGUCAGCGAGGUGUUUCGAUCAACCAGUUCUGCAAGGAAUUCAACGAGAAGACAAAGGAUAUCAAGGAAGGCAUUCCUCUGCCUACGAAGAUUUUUGUGAAGCCUGACCGGACAUUUGAAAUCAAGUUUGGACAACCCACUGUUUCCUACUUCCUGAAGGCAGCUGCAGGGAUUGAGAAGGGGGCCCGGCAGACAGGGAAAGAAGUAGCAGGCCUGGUGACUUUAAAGCACAUAUAUGAGAUCGCUUGCGUCAAAGCUCAGGAUGAUGCCUUCGCCCUGCAGGAUGUACCUUUGUCCUCUGUUGUCCGCUCCAUCAUUGGCUCUGCACGUUCCCUGGGCAUUCGUGUCGUGAAGGACCUCAGUGCCGAAGAGCUGGCCGCUUUCCAGAAGGAGCGAGCUGAGUUCCUGGCUGCUCAGAAAGAGGCGGAUUUGGCAGCCCAGGCAGAGGCUGCCAAGAAGUGACCCCUGCCCUCCACACUCCAGGAUUUUGAAGGAAACAGCUGGAAACAGGAGCUGGGAGGGCUGCGCCAAAGGGAGGGCUGGGAGGUCACA